CCGUCCUGCAUACAGCCUCGUAUCAGUGAGAUAGUACUGUUCGAGAACUACUCCGUGUUACCAUCAUAGACUGCUCCGAGCCUCGCGUUCUUCGACUGUUUAUUCUGCAAUCUACACUCUCAGCCAGAGAGGCCUGAGACCUCCCUCUCCACCCAGCCUCGUCAGCCCCUCCCUCCUCAACCCACCACCUUUCACCACAUCGAAUGACUACGAAGUCGGGCUUGGAUCAGAUAGAAAAAAGCUGGGCAUAUGCUGCGCGCACACAGGUGUCCCGGAUUCAAUAAGACACUCUACCACGAUUCCAUGCCUUGAAUAACCGCACCCACCUCUCACAACUCACUCUCGUACAUGGCACGCAGCUGAACUACGCUCAACUAUCUCCUCCACCACUACUCCGUAUCCUCCCCCUCCACUCCGCCUCAGUCUCCUCCGAGAUGUCCUCCGAAAAAGCAUUGAACCAACUCGUCAAAGGCGCGCCCACGGCCCCAGUCAAACCACCUCCCUCGCACCCACUCCCUCAUCUCGACCCUCAAUCCUCCAAAUACGACGACCCAACCCUGGCCACGCUCCCCUCGUCCCCUCCGCAGAUCUACCUCAACCUCUUGAUUCUCGAAUCCUCCUUGCGCGCACAAUACCUCCACCUCAUCUCGCGCCGACGGCUCAACACGUUCUUCCUACUUCUCCUCACCGUCUGGAACACCACAUUCUUCUACGCCCUGUUCCUCCGCCCGCGCGAAGAUGGCACGGGCCUCGGCGGCAGCGUGUACUGGGUUAUCGAGACCUCGGAGAAACUUGCCCUGAUGGGCGGCGUGGUGACGGUCCUCCUCGUCUACGCCACGGGCCAGUGGGAGCGCGGCAUCCGCUGGCCGCGCAAGUGGAUCGGCACGACGAACCGGGGCCUGCGCGGCUUCAACCUGCGCGUCGUCGUGAUCCGGGGCAAACUCUGGCGCGAAAUGCUCGGACACAUGUCCUUCCUCCUUCCCUACGGUCUAUGGCGCGAGGCAGGUGGCAGUGACUGGCACCUGGUCGAGCACGAGGACGGCAGUGUCGUCGAGGAAGAUCUCGCCUCGGGCGGCGACUCCAUCAUGUUAUUACUACUUCCCAAAUCAUUCAGCCCCGAAUUCCGCGAGAACUGGGAGGAAUACCGCACCGAGUAUUGGGAGAAAGAGAACGAGCGACGAGCAGGUCUGCGCAGGAAACUGAACCGCCAACGCCGAGUCAAGGCGAAAGAAACGGGCGGUUGGAAAUGGUGGACCGGAGUCUGGCGCUUCGCCGCACAUCGCCAUACCCGAAGACACCACGAUCUCGAGAAACAUCCGCACGGCGGCCAUCUUCAUCCAAACGGCCGACAACACUCCGCAUCCGUCUCCUCCACGGCCGCGAGCAUGCUAGGCUUAGGCGGCGGCACUGGUACUGGUACUGGUACUGGUACUGGCACCGGACGGCGAAGACCGGGCCUAAGCCUAGCAGACUCGGACUCGACCCACGGAGGAAGUCGGAGUCGACAGUCGUCACGCUCGUCGACGCCACAACUCGACAACCUUGAUGGGAGCGGCGUGGAAAAGGAAAGUCAACGCGUGCGUCGCGGUAGUAGCGUGAGCAGCACGGCCAGUGUCCGGCGGAAAAACCGAGCCACCACCAGCGACAGGAAGGAUAGCGGGCUAAGUCCUUUGACCUCUUCGGCCACGGCUAUCGUAUCGGCGGAAGAUGAGAGGGCAGAACGCCGACGGAGGCGCCGAGAGCGCGAAGCCGCGAGGGAAAGGAAAGGAAAGGACAGAGAGAGGGAAGACAAUGAUGCCAGUGCGAGUAGUGUGCCCACCACGCCAAAGACAGAGGCUUUUGUUAUCAAGGCUGAGCCAGCUGAGACCGAGUUGGAGUCGAUACCUGCAUGAUGUUCGAGUAUGUCGGUUUGAUGUAGAGUACAAUGUGCACUGUCGGGGCCAUGAGUAUAUCCGAUAGACUUAUAAGUGUUCUGAAUACGGAGAUAACGAGUGUAU